AUGGAAGUGGUAUCACUUGGAGGCCAAUCCGAAUUGCAGCCGGCUGGGACCUCGAAUACGUUCAAACUAGACCCAGAAUCUGGAGAUAUACCACCUAUGAGUUCGGUGGUGGUGGCAAUCAGCGUAGUCCCCAAGAGCCUGGGUAGACAGAAAUUCGCAGUCGUCGUGGACAUACCUGGCGUUGGAGGGGAUCUGCAUCGUCUUCCGAUUUGUGUAAACUGUACCUGUCCAACUGUCUCGGUCAGCCCCACUGAGCUUGACUUGCGUAGAUGCUUCCUACGUCACCCAUAUGAAAUCAACUUCAACCUCGUCAAUCACUCUGCUCAACACGCCAGAUUCCGCCUUGUGGAUGCUGCGAAGCAAGGGGAAGAGGUGGACAAGGAAAACGGAUUGGUUUACGCUAGUGUACAACCUGAG